AUGGUAGAUGAUGGAGACAUUCCUGGUGUCCAACAAAAAGAGCAUGCCCACUUAGAUGAGGACAAUGAAGAUGUUGGUGUGGAGUAUAGGGUGCAUGAUCCCAAUGUUUACUGGAAAGAGAUGAGGCCCCGAUUAGGAGACUGUUAUGAAUCCCUUGCUCAACUUAGGUUUGUUUUAACUAACUAUGCAGUCCAUGGAGGGUACCAACUUUAUUUUGAAAAAAGUGAUAGAGUGAGGGUUAUAGCUAAGUGUGGUAGUGGAACCAGGGAUAUCAAUGAUAAUAACAAAAUACAGUGUCCAUUUAGGGUUGCAGCUAGAUGGAAGUACAAUGAAAGAACAUUCCAGAUAAAAUUUUGUAAUGAAAUGCAUCUAUGUGCUAGGAAUUAUCAUUUUGGUUCCUUAGUUACUAGCAGUUGGUUAGCCAAACACUACCUGAAAGAUGUAAUCAUGAAGCCCAAGAUGACAUUGCUAGAGAUGCAAGCAGAUGUGCUACAAAGGUUUUCAGUGAGUGUAUCUCUUGGGCAAUGCCAAAGAGCAAGGGCUACUGCAAUGGGGAUUAUAGAAGGGAAGUUAGAAGAUCACUAUGCCAAGAUUUGGGACUAUGCAGCUGCAAUUAGGUUGAGUAAUCCGGGUACAACUUGCUUGGUGGGGGUAGAAAGUAAUCUGGGGUUUAACUAUUUCAAAAGGUUUUAUGUUGGCUUCAAGGCUUUCAGAGAUGGAUGGAGCAGAGGAUGUAGAAGGGUAAUAGGACUAGAUGGUAGUUUCUUUAAGGGGCAGGUUAAGGGGGAGAUUUUAACUGCUAUUGGGAGGGAUGCAGACAACUAUGUAUACCCAAUAGCAUGGGCAUUUGUGAAUGUUGAGAAUAAGGACAAAUGGACCUGGUUCAUUGAUAAUUUGGUUGCUGAUUUGGAUCUUGGUGCUGGCAAUGGAUUGGUUGUUAUCUCAGACCAACACAAGUUAUAG